GGUACAUUCCGGAUGACUAGCAUACAAGAUGGCAGCUCAACUGGACGAUGAAUUUGAAGAUGCGCCUGAUGUUGAACCACUUGAACCUACUUUAAAGAACAUUAUAGAACAGAAAUCGCUCAAAUGGAUUUUUGUUGGUGGGAAGGGUGGCGUGGGCAAGACCACCUGCAGUUGCAGCUUGGCGGUUCAGUUGGCCGCGGUGAGGGAGAGCGUGCUCAUCAUCUCCACAGACCCCGCGCACAACAUCUCCGACGCGUUCGACCAGAAGUUCUCUAAGGUGCCGACCAAGGUCAAAGGUUAUGAGAACCUCUUCGCCAUGGAGAUCGACCCGAGUCUGGGCGUGGCGGAGCUGCCCGACGAGUUCUUCGAGGAGGAGAACAUGCUGAGCAUGGGCAAGAAGAUGAUGCAGGAGGCCAUGAGCGCCUUCCCCGGCAUCGACGAGGCCAUGAGCUACGCCGAGGUCAUGAGGUUAGUGAAGGGGAUGAAUUUCUCCGUGGUGGUGUUUGACACCGCCCCCACCGGUCACACACUCCGCCUUCUGAACUUCCCCACCAUCGUGGAGCGGGGACUGGGCCGGCUCAUGCAGAUCAAGAACCAGAUCAGCCCGUUCAUCUCCCAGAUGUGUAAUAUGCUGGGCUUGGGUGAUAUGAAUGCAGACCAGCUUGCCUCUAAACUGGAGGAGACCCUUCCCGUCAUACGCUCUGUCAGCGAGCAGUUCAAAGACCCGGAGCAGACGACAUUCAUCUGUGUGUGUAUCGCCGAGUUCCUCUCUCUGUACGAGACGGAGCGCCUGAUCCAGGAGCUGGCCAAGUGCCGCAUCGACACGCACAACAUCAUCGUCAACCAGCUCGUCUUCCCCGACGGAGACCGGCCCUGCAAGAUGUGUGACGCCCGGCACAAGAUCCAGUCCAAGUACCUGGACCAGAUGGAGGACCUGUAUGAAGACUUCCACAUUGUCAAACUGCCCCUGUUGCCCCACGAGGUGCGGGGGUCAGAUAAGGUCAACACCUUCUCCAAGCAGCUCCUGGAAGCGUACAUCCCUCCCAAAAAGUGAUCCCCUUCCACCCCGCCCCACCUCCAGUGACCUUUGACCUCCGAUCCAUGACCCCCCCCCCCCCGCCAACUCCCUCUGGCCCGCGCGGCUUUCGGUCGAACAGACAGACAGCAACACAACAACACAACAACACAACAACACAACGACACAACGACACAACAACACAACACAGCAACCUUGACCUUCGACCCAACACUGAGCAACACAGAGCAACACUGGUCCUAAGGAGCUCAACUCUACUGGAGAAUAUCCACCCACAACAACCACAGGACUACACGCUCUCCUCUCUCUCUCUCUCUCUGUCUCUUUUUCUCUCUCUUUCUUUCUUUCUUUCUUUCUUUCUUUCUUUCU